AUGGCCGUGAUAUGUUCAUGGCACAUCCAUGGCGAAGGUACAGAUCAGUUGGAUGAGUUGCCUGAGGGUCGUACCCUUUUCCUAAAAUCUUUGGAUCCAUGUUUGGCCCAUGAAAACUUAGCACGUGGGUUAAGCCGUUUCGGUGAGGUGGAAGUAACUGCGUUGACUAAAACGUCACGCAAUGAACGAAAACGCUCGGAGGGGCCAGGGUUGUAUCACGCUGUCUUUCAAAGUGCCGAGGCAGCAAGACAAGUUAUCGCUCCACAAAAUGACGCAAGUGAUAUUGUGAUACCUUUAAAAUCGCACAAACCAAAAACACAUGGUACUGUACUCUCAGCUGCACUGGAACGUCACCGCAGUCAGUAUCGUGGUAUGGACAUUCUACAAAAAAAUGCUGACGAAUGUUUGGUCGCCUACGAUAUCGCAGAAGAUCUUGAUCGUCGUCUAGAACAAGAAGUUAUCGUUGACGACGAGGGAUUCACCCUUGUAACGCAUGGCCCUGAAGCUGUCAAGGCAGGUGUUGCACGCCGUGGCAAAAAACGGACACGACAUGCAAACGUAACAACAGUUGACUUCUAUCGCUUCCCGAAUAAAGAAAAGGUACUGAAAACAGAGACCAUAUCGCUGGAGCAAAAUCGAAAAUAA